AUGCAUCGCGUUCUAUUUAUAAUUUUAUUCUCAUAUGGUCUUUAUGAUGCUUUUGGUGUUCCAAUAUUCAAGGAAGAAAGUCUCAGCUCUAUCACCAUUUCUGAGAUAGAUUUGCCAACUGAAGCAACACUAGACUCAGAAAAAGCAGAUUUAUUCGAGACUGAGAAACCAGAAUCUUUUAUUGAACUAUACGAAAAAUAUGAUUCUUUAUUCAACAAAAAUUCUACCGAACAUCAAACACAAGGAUUUGAAACUUCACCUCAAAAAAGAAGUUCAUUAAGUUUAGAGUUGAGUGACAAAAAAUUUUUCGCUGACGAGAAAACUGAAGAAAUCAUGGAGAAAAUCAAAACAAUUGUAGAUCCGGCUGUGCGAAAGGAAUUUGAGAUUGAUAUUUUAAAUAAAGGUCAAGAUCUUGAAAAGGAUAAAAAGAAAGUUGAAAGUGUUGAUUAUGGCACAGUUUAUGAACCAGAUUAUGCGAACAAAAUGGUUGUUGCUGUUGAUAAUAAACUAAGUGAAGAAGAUGAAGCAAUGAAAAAUUCUGUAAAAGAACUCGAUGUCGAUAAUGACGCGAGAAAAAUGACGACUCAUGAAAAAGAAGUUUUACAAGUUCAUUUAGUCGAACAAUUAGUUCAUUCGGAUACUUCUGAUUCUGAAUUUACUACAAUCAUUCCAGAAGAUCGCUUUGAACAUCACGAAAAAAUUGAAAAUCCGGAAAUUGUUGAAGUCCUUGAACAUAUCGUUUAUCAAACAAAUGAUCAGAAAGACAUUCAAGAAGAAACUACAUCGAGUACUCUUAAUGUUCAUGUAGAUUUCGAUCCUAUUGAAAUCAUUCCAAAGGAUCGUCAUCAUUUAAGAAAGGUUGAAGAUGAAAUGAUAACUGAGAAAAAUGACAAAUUUGUUGGGUUUAAAACAACGGAAGAUUUAGUCGAUCCUGGUCAAGAAACAACUGAACCCGACGAAUUCUUCAAACCUGAAAAAUCAGAGGAAGAAAUUGCAGAAAAAACAAUUGUUGAGACCUUGGAACUUGUUGCAAUAUUCGGUAAAAGCAUAAACUUCGAUAAUUCCAGCAAAACAGAACAAGAAGAAAAGGAGGAAGAAGAAACUACUGAUAAAGUUACAACGGAAAUGAAUGAAAUAUUUUCUGAAGACGAAACAACUGAAAGAUAUUCUGUCGCUACGGAGAUAGUUGAAGUGAAUACCGAACUUUCUUUCAGUUCUCAUAUUGAAAGUGCAACAAAGAAGCCCGAAUAUAUUUUCUCAGAAAAGCCACGAGUAAGUUUUACCCCAACAACCGUUAUAAGUACAACUGAAAGUUCAGUAAGUGAUAAAUCAAGCAAAAGUUCUUCGUCAUCAUCGAAUAAAUCUUCUGAAGAAAGUGAAAGUAAAGAAAGCAAAGAAAAGACCGACGAAAAAAGUUCUGAAAGUUCUGAAGAAAAUUCAGCUAGAGAAGUUUUCGAUGACGAUACAUUGAAAAUCUUUGACUUGGAACCGCUUGACACUCAAAGAAGUUUAAUUGAUGAAAUGUUGAAGGAUACAUUGUCACAUGAAAUUAAAAAGAAAGAUCAUGUCGAAGGUUAUCCUCCUGAGAAUGAAAUAAAAAUUCAAAAAAGCUCAGAAAAUUCAUCAGUGACUCAGAAUCUUUCGCCGUCUAAUGAUGACAAUUUUCGAAGCCUUGAUUCAGAAGAUUCUAGUGUUGAAACAAAGACUGAAGCAGUAACAAGAUUGGAACAUCAGUCACUGCCAAGAGAAGAAAUCGAAAGGAAAUUUAAAGACGAAAAUUCUGAACAACGAUCUGAAGUGAGUGAUGAAGAUUCUUCCAUUGAAGCUACAACAAUCAAGAUUUAUGAAACAUUUGAAGAAGUAAUCACAACAAUUUCCGAUGGUAUUCAACUCUCUAAUGAACUAAAAUCAUCAAUAAUUUCCUUUCGUGCACCUAAUGAAGAGAAUCAAACUAUAUUGGAUACGAAUAGUGAAGUUAUUUCAUCAAAAAAUAUUAAAAAUCCUUUGGUGGACAUAACAGAAAAAAUGUCACGACAAAAUUCUAUUGAAAGAUCGGAGAUUUCAGUUUUAAUCAUUGCUUUGAUUGGAUUUUUAUCUGCAGUGAUACUUUUGGCCUUAUAUUCAUUAAUGAGAAAAAGAACUGCAGCAAUAAAUACAUUUUAA